CGCUGGAAGGAGCAAGAGCUGAAGGACUAAAAAAAGGUCCAGAGAAGUCACAAUGCCUGUCAGCGUCAAAGACGUGAUGCAGCUGCUCUGCCAUGUUUCUGAAAAGCGAAAAAUGAAAGCAGCCUUCAAGCACUCCGGACGAGGCGCCUUGGUGGUGGUAGUGACAACUUUCUUGGGAGGUUUGAUCGGAGCCCCAAGUGGCAUUGGCAUUGCUGUCGGAGGUACCAUUGGGGGCUUGCUUGGGGCCUGGAUGGCCUCGGGAAAGUUCAAGCCCGUUCCUCAGAUUAUCCUGGAUCUGCCUCCUGUGGAGCAGCAACGGCUUUACAAAGACGUCUGUGCCAUUAUUCAGAAUCUGGACCGGACCGACAUAGCCCAACUCACAGCCUUCGUCAUGGCCAGUGGUUCCCUUCAAGAGAAAUUGCUUGGUGUCCUGACAAGCUAUAUCACAAAAGAACUCCGAGGAAAGAUCCAGUAUGGAAAGUAGACUCGGAUGUGUGUUUCAGGGGGUCAUGAGUGCCCUUAACUCCCCUUCUGACCCUUUUCUCUGGCAUUUUAGAUUUCUUAAGAUCAUGGUUUUUAUAGGAAUAACAAUCAACGUCAAAAUACUUGGAAUUUCUCAGAGGGGGGGGUUCACUUAUCCACUUCUCUCUUUCUGCCUUAAUUUUGAGACAGUGAAGGAGUGAAAAGUUGAAAUAGUUCGGAACCGAAAGUGUAGCAGAUGAUUCAUCUUCUCCAGAAGAUAAAAUGCAAAUAAAGCUGAAUUUUAAUGUGUGAAUUGCCAAGGUUGUAUGAUCAUUAUUCCCCUUCUUUUAGAGAUGCUAAACUGGGUUUCCUGAACUCCAAGUUGGCUUCAGUUGAGAACAUUUUAACAGGAGGAGAUAAGGAAGAAGUCCAACAUUCAGGUUUUACAGUUUGGUUUUUUUUUAAAAAAAACAAA